AUGUUCCCUAUCUCUCCGGGAUUCAGCUCUAUGAAGAUCCAUCUAGAGCCUGCACAAGUAGGAGGAGGGCUGGUGAAAGAGAAACCUUUUGUUGGUUCAUCGAGUGAAGUCAGCAGCAACUCUCCUGGUGACCUUGUCUAUGAGUAUCUUGAGGCUGCUAUGCCAUUUGGCCGUGAACCAUUGGCAGACAAGGCAAGUUGUACAAGCAAUGAGGACGGUCAAAGCUCAAGCAAAUCGGUUGCUGCACCAUCUAAGCUUCCGUUGCCCACUUUCGGUCUCGCGUCCUACAAGUUUAAACGGUCAGUGUGGAGCCCAGAUAGCGACGUGGACGAGAACCAGAGAGCCGGGGCGCUGCUAGGAGCAGCUGAAGAGUGGCUGAGGCGGUUGAAGGUUGUGCUACCGGACUUUAGACACUUCGUAUCACACAGUGGUUCCGGGUGGAGAUGA